GGCUGGCUGGCGGGCGCUUGCCAGUCUCCGGCCGCGGUGUCCGGCGCUCUGUGUGGCGGGCGGGCAGGCGGGCGGACGGGCGUGCGGACCAGCGGCCUGCUAGGCGGCUGAGGGGCUGAGCGGAGAAACGCGGAGCUGAGGAGCUGCGGCGGCGACAGGUUUCUCACUUACAAAGACAAUGACUACUGAUGAAGGUGCCGGCAGUGCGGAAAGCCCAGUGGCCACCGUGGCUGAGCAGGGGGACGACAUCACCUCCAAAAGAGACAGAGGGGUGCUAAAGAUUGUCAAAAGAGUGGGGACUAGUGAUGAGAUGCCAAUGAUUGGUGACAGGGUUUACGUUCAUUACAAAGGGAAAUUGUCAAAUGGAAAGAAGUUUGAUUCCAGUCACGACAGAAAUGAACCAUUUGUUUUUAGUCUUGGCAAAGGUCAGGUUAUCAAGGCCUGGGACAUUGGGGUGGCUACCAUGAAGAAAGGGGAGAUCUGCCAUUUGUUGUGUAAGCCAGAAUAUGCAUACGGCUCUUCUGGCAACCUCCCGAAAAUUCCUUCGAAUGCAACUCUCUUUUUUGAGAUUGAGCUCCUUGAUUUCAAAGGAGAAGAUUUAUUUGAAGAUUCAGGCAUUAUUCGUAGAAUCAAACGGAAAGGAGAGGGAUACUCAAACCCAAAUGAAGGUGCAACAGUAGAAAUCCACCUGGAAGGCUGCUGUGGUGGAAGGCUGUUUGAUUGCAGAGAUGUGGUAUUCAUUGUUGGUGAAGGAGAAGACCACGACAUUCCAAUCGGAAUUGACAAAGCCCUGGAGAAAAUGCAGAGGGAAGAGCAGUGUAUUUUGUAUCUUGGACCACGAUAUGGUUUUGGAGAGGCAGGGAAGCCUAAAUUUGGCAUUGAACCUAAUGCUGAGCUUAUAUAUGAAGUUACACUUAAGAGCUUCGAAAAGGCCAAAGAAUCCUGGGAGAUGGACACCAAAGAAAAACUGGAGCAGGCUGCCAUUGUCAAGGAGAAGGGCACUGUGUACUUCAAGGGAGGCAAGUACAUGCAGGCGGUGAUUCAGUACGGGAAGAUAGUAUCCUGGCUGGAGAUGGAGUACGGCUUAUCAGAGAAAGAAUCGAAAGCCUCCGAAUCUUUUCUGCUCGCUGCCUUCCUAAACCUGGCCAUGUGCUACCUGAAGCUCCGAGAGUACACCAAAGCGGUGGAGUGCUGUGACAAGGCUCUUGGACUGGAUAGUGCCAACGAGAAAGGCCUGUACAGGAGGGGUGAAGCCCAGCUGCUCAUGAACGAGUUUGAAUCAGCCAAAGGUGACUUUGAGAAAGUGUUGGAAGUAAAUCCCCAGAACAAGGCAGCAAGACUGCAGAUCUCCAUGUGCCAGAAGAAGGCGAAAGAGCACAACGAGCGGGACCGCAGGGUGUAUGCCAACAUGUUCAAGAAGUUUGCAGAGCGGGACGCAAAGGAAGAGGCCAGCAAAGCAAUGAACCCGAAGACUCUGGAGGGGACAGCCAGUAAAAGAGGAGUAGAGAGUCGAGCAGCAGAAGAGAGCACUGAAGGCCGUGUAUGACGCCACGCCAAGGAGGGAAGAGAGUCCUAAUGAACUCGGCCCUCCCGUGGGCUCACACCCAACUCAGGACCGAACAGUAUUUAGUGUAAAGUUUGUUAUAGUCUCUGUGAUUCUGGAAGCAAAACCAGUAGCUUCCCAAAAGUAACCACCCUCCUGCUGCCUGGGGGUCCUGGAGAAGGUGGUGUGAGGACAACAGAGGGAGCUGUUGCUGUGCAGAAACUGAGCCGACAGCUCACGUCCGGCCCAUUUCAGUUCUAACACACGUCCCCUGAGGUAAUCCUACCAUCCGGCUGGCUGCUAGAUUUUUAUCUGAACUUUAAUAGCACUGCAGAAACCUUUAAAAAAAAUAAAAAUAAACUUGAUUAAGUUCUCUUUUCCUGCUGGGGAAGGAGGAUGAGGUUUUGUUUGGAACUGACUGCAGUAUGGGAACAUAACCUGCUGUGUCUUUAACCAGAGGUCUACGCCAGGAUCCCAGGUCCACUGCACCUGCCAGCUCAGCUGCUUCCCAAAGCUCCCUUCUCAGACCCUGUAGGGUAGCUUUAUGUCACACCCAGCCUGUCCCCAGGGAGCCUUCCAUUCUCCGGUACCCUUCAUUAGUGAUGAGCAGAUGAGUUUCCGGGUUACUUGCCCUGUUUUGGAUGAAGUUGUGAAAGGUGACGACAGCAGUCAGAAGUGGGCUUGCUUUCCCUGCUGUUCCUCUUAGGAAAUAACGUUAGUGCUCGGUGCCUGCUCCUGCUGCCCAGCCUGUUCCAUCCCAUACCUUGUUAAGAUCCUGAGGCUUGCUCUUGGUAUCUUAGACCUGGAGUGGAUUGACUUCUAUUUCUGAUUAGGACUGAUGCAGUUGGUCUCUUUUCAAUUACUGGCUUGUAACCAUACAUAGACUGCAUGGAACUUCACACUCCUCUAUCAUGCAAAGCUAUUUUUUCACUUUUUACCUUUUAGCUUAAUUUUUGAAGGGCAAAAUCUAUGAGGCUCAAAAAUGAGUAGUUGCUCUUCUUACAGUGAGGAUUUUACCUGUAAGUUUGACAGGCAGAUGUUCUGCCCACCUUCACCCGACGCCUCCUUGUUCUGGUGUGUGCUGUAAGGGGUGACAGCUUCCCAGGCAGGUCCAUCGAGCUGAAAUCCCCAGUACUUGGGCAUUGAAUCUUGAACAAGUCUUAAAUAAUACAUGCAGUUGAGUUUUGGUCCUUAAGGUUCAGUCUAUGGGACUGGGCACAGCUUGCUUUUCCACAGCCUAAGAAACCCUCUCGGGAAUGCAUGCAGCAGCCUGGGAACCAUCUGCCUAAGCCUGGACACCUCACUUCCCCAACCCUGAGGAACACAGGCAGUGGUGGUCUUGAUGAAACCUUCUGGGUGUUAGGUUAGGGCCUUAAAACCUACCUGUGGAGCUGUUCCCUCCUGUUCCUGCUGUGUUCUCCAUGAACAAAUGGGAUUAAAAGGUGAGGAAUUUCUCCAGUGAUGACUAAAAGCCCACAGGCUUCUCAUUUUACCUUUCUGUCUUUUUCUCAUGAAUUUUUAAAAGCUGUCUGGUCAAGGAAGCGCAGAGAGCCAGAGGUGACGUAGCUUCAUUACUGUCUAGCGUUUGUAGGCUGUUUGCUGGAGCACAACCGCAGCGAGGCCAGUCAGCUCUUCACAGGCAGCAGGAAAACUCCUGAAAUACCAGCUGAUCCCGGCGCUGCCUCCAGAAGGGGAGACUGCCGGCACCACCUGACCUCACGGAUUCUCGUAUUGGUUUCAGUCAUUUCAAAUAAUUGGUAUGGAAAUCAAAAAAUGUCUUCAAACCACCUUUUAGUCUGUGUAGAGUGGUGACUGAGCACAUGGUGAAUUUUUAAAUCUUUUUUAAAAAAUCAUUUAGAUGCAUUUUUUGUGUUCCUUAAUAAAUUUUUUUAAAAAGUGUU